AUGAUUCAGUUAAGUCGGAGACUUUCUUUUCUUACACGACCAUGGCCAGCCUUUCAACUUCUCUGUCGUUCGAAGACUACAACUACGACCACUUUACGCUUUUUUCAUGAAAGUUCCCGAGCACCUAUCAUAAAGCCUUUCCUAAUGGCUGAUAUUGGAGAAGGAAUCACCGAAUGUGAAAUUAUUCAAUGGUUUGUUGAGCCUGAAGCUCGCAUCGAGGAGUGGGACAAACUCUGUGAAGUGACUAGUGAUAAGGCAUCCGUGGAGAUCACAAGUCGAUUCGCAGGAGUAGUUAAAAAGCUUCAUUAUGAGCCGGGACAAAUGGUCAAGGUUGGUCGUCCAUUGAUGGACAUUGAUGUACCGGAUAAAUGCGGAGACGUCGAAUCAGAAGAAAUGAAAGAAACUUUGGAACCAGUCAUCAAGAAACUACCUCACAUUCAUGAGAGUGAGUCUCAUACAACCCCCAAGGAGUUAGGACCCAAGCUAGAAUCUGGGAGGAACAACGAAACAUUGGCGACCCCCGCUGUUAGGAAUCUCACAAAAGAGCUGAACGUUAAAUUAGAAGAUGUUCUAGGUACCGGACGAAACGGGAGAGUCCUCAGAAACGAUGUUUUUAAUUUUGCGAAGAACCGAAACUCUCCAACAUCAUUAUCCUCGCCAACCACUUCGACAGACGACGGCGAGAUAGAUAAAAAUAUUCAGCUCACCAGCUACCAGUCAAAAAUGUACAAAACAAUGACCAACUCUCUAUCAAUACCACAUUUUUUGUAUGCGGAUGAAAUUGAUUUCACUAGCCUCGUCCAACUGCGCGAAAGUAUUAAUAUAGGAUUAGCAAAAGCACCAAUAAUUGAGAUUAGGAAGCUAUCUUUUCUCCCUUUUAUUAUGAAGGCUGUUUCUAUGUCAUUAUAUCGUUACCCUAUCCUUAAUGCUAAGUUGGAACAUGAUACCAAAACUAAUAAGCCAUUUCUAACCCUACGAAGUCAGCACAAUAUCGGUAUUGCAAUGGAUACGCCCUCUGGUCUACUUGUUCCCGUUGUGAAGAAUGUUUCUACUCUCACCAUAUUGGAAAUUGCUUCAGAGUUAGUACGACUUCAAGAUCUAGCCGUUUCGGGCAAGUUGAGUAGUCAGGAUCUAACAGGAGGCACGAUAACCCUGUCUAAUAUUGGCAGCAUUGGUGGUACUUAUGUCUCCCCAAUCAUUGUUGAAAAAGAGCUUGCCAUUCUUGGGAUCGGAAAGUUGCGUCUUGUGCCAGCGUUUUCAGACUCAGGCGAAUUGAUGAAGAAGCAUAUCUGUAAUUUUAGCUGGAGUGCAGACCACAGGAUCAUAGACGGCGCGACACUAGCCAAAGCCAAUGAAGUCAUACGAGGACUUUUAGAAAAUCCAGCUAGUAUGAUCUUACAUUUUCGCUAA